AUGCACCUGAACUUUGUUGUCUCCGUCCUAGUCCCAGAGUUCACGGAGCAGCCCGGCCAGCUGAAAGGUUACUCCAUCCACACCCGGCUCUCCAAAGGCCCCCGAGGGUUCGGCUUCAACAUCGUGGGGGGGAGUCGAGCCCGAGAGUUCCUGCAGGUGUACAGCGUCACACCUGGAGGACCGCCAGCACUCACCACAGCGGACAUCCUGGUCUACAUCAACGACAGCUGCGUGCUGGGGCGCUCCCAUAAGGAGGUGGUGGAGAUGCUGAAGGCGGUGCCGAUGGGGCAGAGCGUGGACGUGGUGCUGAGGAGAGGUUACCCGAUGCUCUACAACCCCGAUGGAUGUCCCAAACAGAGCCUGGAGACGCCCCAGACCCCCAGCGAGCCCCCGAACCCCCCCAACGUGAACCGCGGCCUGACGCACCUGACCUACAGCCGGACGCCGGACGCCAACGGCAGCACGCCAGGACAGCGCCAGACCCCGCCCUCCUACGCUGCUCCACCAAUGACGAACGGACUGACAGGCCCGCCGACGCCCACUUCCUCUGACCCCCCCCUGGGUCCACCCCCCCUUCCAGAGAGGACAGCGGCCAUUAAUCACAGUGAUUCUGAUGGCGUGCUGUCCAACGCCGCAACACGAAG